CGGAGACCAAUGGUAGUACUCCAAGAUAACACUCCAAAAUUUUAAUUAACUUUCCGUUGCCUCCCAUAUUCCCUUUCUCUCUCUCUUGCUUUUCUGCUGCUUGAAGCCACAGCACCCCCACAAACCCCCAUACCUUUUCAUCUCCCCCUUUCUCUCUCCUAGGGUUGCUCUACUGUUAUUUUCAGCUCACAUUCAUGCUUUCCAGCCACUUUCUACUGCUCCAGAUUCAUAGCACUGAGUAAGCAAGUAAUGCAAGAGAACGGAAGUUCGUAGAUAAGUUCUGUACUUCCUAGAAGAAUCGUUUCUGAGUGAGGAAAGGUUAUACAAAUGACUUCACGAGGAGGACCCUCGCAGCAAAAUCCGCAACUGCAAAGGCGGAUCACGCGUACACAGACGGUUGGGAAUCUCGGGGAGUCUAUCUUUGACAGUGAAGUAGUGCCGUCAUCCCUGGUGGAAAUUGCCCCCAUUCUUCGUGUUGCCAAUGAAGUCGAGCCUAGCAACCCCCGUGUUGCCUACCUCUGUAGGUUCUAUGCUUUUGAAAAAGCCCAUAGGUUGGAUCCUACUUCAAGUGGACGUGGUGUUCGUCAGUUCAAAACAGCUCUUUUGCAACGUCUUGAAAGAGAAAAUGAUCCCACCUUGAUGGGAAGAGUAAAAAAAAGUGAUGCCCGUGAAAUGCAAAGCUUUUAUCAACAUUAUUACAAAAAAUAUAUCCAAGCAUUGCAAAAUGCUGCUGAUAAAGCUGAUCGUGCACAGCUUACAAAAGCAUACCAAACAGCUAAUGUUCUCUUUGAGGUUUUAAAAGCGGUUAACCAGACACAGUCUGUGGAAGUUGAUCGUGAGAUAUUGGAAACUCACGAUAAAGUUGCAGAGAAGACUGAGAUAUAUGUACCGUAUAACAUUCUACCUCUUGAUCCUGACAGUGCAAAUCAGGCAAUAAUGAAAUAUCCAGAGAUUCAAGCCGCUGUGCAUGCACUUCGGAAUACAAGAGGUCUUCCUUGGCCAAAGGAUUAUAAGAAGAAAAAAGAUGAGGAUAUCCUUGACUGGCUUCAAUCUAUGUUUGGAUUUCAGAAAGACAAUGUGGCAAAUCAAAGGGAACAUUUAAUUUUGCUACUGGCAAAUGUUCACAUACGGCAGUUUCCAAAACCAGAUCAACAACCCAAGUUGGAUGAGCGUGCUCUAGAUGAAGUGAUGAAGAAGCUUUUCAAAAAUUACAAGAAGUGGUGCAAAUAUCUGGAUCGAAAAAGUAGCCUAUGGCUACCCACUAUCCAGCAGGAAGUGCAGCAGCGUAAAUUAUUAUAUAUGGGCCUGUAUCUUCUUAUAUGGGGGGAAGCUGCCAAUCUUAGAUUCCUGCCAGAAUGCCUGUGCUACAUAUAUCACCAUAUGGCUUUUGAACUUUAUGGUAUGCUCGCUGGAAAUGUAAGUCCAAUGACUGGUGAAAACGUGAAACCCGCCUAUGGAGGAGACGAAGAGGCUUUCCUGAAGAAAGUUGUCACUCCAAUUUAUGAAGUCAUUGCUCGGGAAGCAGCGAGAAGCAAAAAGGUCAAAUCAAAACAUUCUCAAUGGAGAAAUUAUGAUGAUUUGAAUGAGUACUUCUGGUCUGUAGAUUGUUUUCGUUUGGGAUGGCCAAUGCGUGCUGAUGCUGAUUUUUUCUGUAAGCCUGUGGAUCAGCUACAGAGUGAAAAUAAUGGGGAAACUAGACCUGGGAGAGAUCGAUGGGUGGGGAAAGUUGAUUUUGUUGAAAUACGAUCAUAUUGGCAUAUCUUUAGAAGCUUCAACAGAAUGUGGAGUUUCUUUAUAUUGUGCCUGCAGGCUAUGAUUAUUAUUGCCUGGAAUGGUACGGGGCAGCCAAGUGGGAUUUUUGAUGCUGAUGUUUUCAAGAAAGUACUGAGCAUCUUCAUAACUGCUGCAAUUUUGAAACUUGGGCAAGCCAUACUUGAUGUAAUUUUGAGCUGGAAAGCAAGACGGACCAUGUCCUUCCACGUCAAACUACGGUACAUACUGAAGGUUGUUUCUGCUGCUUCAUGGGUGAUUAUCCUCCCUGUUACUUAUGCGUACACAUGGGAGAAUCCUCCUGGAUUUGCUCAAACUAUCAAAAGCUGGUUUGGAAAUAGCUCAAGUGCUCCUUCGUUGUUUAUCCUAGCUGUUGUUAUCUACUUGUCACCAAAUAUGCUUGCUGUGAUUCUCUUCCUCUUCCCCUUCAUUCGUCGGUUCCUUGAGAGUUCCAACUACAGAAUUGUGAUGCUAAUGAUGUGGUGGUCACAGCCCCGACUCUAUGUAGGAAGGGGAAUGCAUGAGAGCACAUUUUCACUCUUCAAACUUUCAUUUCAGAUCAAGCCUCUUGUGAAUCCCACACAAACUAUAAUGGGAAUUCAUAUAUCAAACUAUCAGUGGCAUGAGUUUUUCCCCCGAGCUAAAAACAACAUCGGUGUCGUAAUUGCACUAUGGGCGCCAGUUAUUCUUGUUUAUUUCAUGGAUACACAGAUCUGGUAUGCCAUUUUCUCUACAUUGUUUGGAGGUAUAUAUGGCGCAUUCCGUCGCCUUGGAGAGAUACGUACAUUAGGAAUGCUUAGAUCCCGGUUUCAAUCUUUACCUGGUGCUUUCAAUGCCUGUUUAAUCCCCGAGGAGAAGGCUGAGGCAACUAAAAAGAAAGGACUGAAAGCCACAUUCUCACGCAAGUUUGAUGUGAUACCUUCUAGUAAGGAAAAAGAAGCUGCAAGGUUUGCUCAGUUGUGGAACAAAAUAAUUACAAGUUUUAGAGAGGAGGAUCUUAUAAGUAAUAGGGAAAUGGAUCUGUUGCUUGUUCCAUAUUGGGCUGAUCGUGAUUUGGAGCUGAUGCAGUGGCCUCCAUUUUUGCUCGCCAGCAAGAUCCCAAUAGCUGUGGAUAUGGCUAAAGACAGCAAUGGCAAGGACAGCGAACUCAAAAAGCGGAUCAAGUCAGAUGAUUAUAUGUAUUCUGCUGUCUGCGAGUGCUAUGCUUCGUUCCGGAAUAUUGUUAAAUUACUAGUUCGUGGAAACCGAGAGAAAGAGGUGAUUGAGUAUAUAUUUUCUGAAGUUGACAAACAUAUAGAGGAGGACAAUCUAUUGACUGAAUACAGGCUGAAUGCUCUUCCAAGUUUGUAUGAUCUCUUUGUCAAGCUUGUAAAAUACUUGCUGGAGAAUAAGCCAGAGGAUAGGGAUCAAGUUGUCAUUCUUUUCCAGGACAUGUUGGAAGUUGUGACUCGAGAUAUAAUGCUGGAAGACCAUGUAUCCAAUUUGUUGGACUCAAUUCAUGGCGGAGCGGGUAAUGAAGGAAUGGUCCCUCUUGAUCAACAGUAUCAGUUGUUUGCAUCAGCUGGUGCCAUAAAAUUUCCAGCUCCUGAAACUGAAGCUUGGAAAGAGAAGGCAUUGAAGGAAUCUGCCAUGGAUGUGCCAUCAAACUUAGAAGCCAGAAGGCGCAUUUCAUUUUUUUCUAAUUCCUUGUUUAUGGACAUGCCUUCAGCUCCUAAAGUCCGCAACAUGCUUUCUUUCUCUGUUCUGACUCCAUAUUACACGGAGGAGGUUCUAUUCUCAUUGCCUGAGCUAGAAGUACCGAAUGAAGAUGGUGUUUCUAUUCUCUUUUACUUGCAGAAAAUCUUUCCAGAUGAAUGGAAUAACUUCUUGGAGCGUGUCAACUGUUACAAUGAAGAAGAACUUAGGGAUGAAUUGGAGGAACAGUUACGUCUUUGGGCGUCAUACCGAGGCCAAACACUGACCAAAACUGUCAGAGGAAUGAUGUAUUAUCGCAAAGCUCUUGAACUUCAGGCAUUCCUUGAUAUGGCUAAGGAUGAUGAUUUAAUGGAAGGUUACAAGGCCAUUGAACUGAAUGAAGAUCAAAUGAAGGGAGAGAGGUCCCUGUGGACACAAUGUCAAGCAGUAGCUGAUAUGAAGUUUACUUAUGUCGUGUCCUGCCAAUUAUACGGGAUUCAAAAACGGUCUGGAGAUCCUCGAGCACAAGAUAUAUUGAGACUCAUGACCACAUAUCCAUCUCUUCGGGUAGCAUAUAUUGAUGAAGUUGAAGAGCCUAGUAAAGAUAGGACCAAGAAGGUUAAUGAUAAAGUGUACUACUCCACUCUUGUAAAAGCAGCUUUGCCGAAAUCAGAUUCUUCAGAGCCUGGACAGAAUCUGGAUCAGAUUAUCUAUCGAAUAAAGCUUCCAGGCCCUGCUAUCCUGGGAGAGGGGAAGCCUGAAAAUCAGAAUCAUGCAAUUAUUUUCACUCGUGGAGAAGGCUUACAAACAAUUGAUAUGAAUCAGGAUAAUUACAUGGAAGAAGCUCUAAAAAUGAGGAACUUGCUUCAAGAAUUUCUUAAAAGGCACGAUCUGAGGCACCCAUCAAUUCUUGGACUGAGGGAACAUAUUUUCACUGGAAGUGUUUCUUCACUUGCUUGGUUUAUGUCUAAUCAAGAGACAAGUUUCGUUACUAUUGGUCAGAGAUUGUUGGCCAAUCCUCUCAAGGUUCGGUUUCAUUAUGGUCAUCCAGACGUUUUUGAUAGACUAUUUCACCUUACAAGAGGCGGGGUGAGCAAAGCCUCCAAGAUUAUCAACCUCAGUGAGGACAUAUUUGCUGGCUUCAAUUCUACUCUCCGUGAAGGCAAUGUAACUCAUCAUGAAUACAUACAAGUUGGUAAAGGCAGGGAUGUGGGUCUUAACCAGAUUUCUCUUUUUGAAGCGAAAAUUGCUAAUGGAAAUGGAGAACAAACAUUGAGUCGUGAUCUGUACAGGCUGGGCCAUCGCUUUGAUUUCUUCCGAAUGCUUUCAUGCUAUUUCACGACCAUUGGUUUCUACUUCAGUACCUUGAUAACUGUGCUCACUGUAUACGUAUUUCUCUAUGGUCGCCUUUAUCUUGUUCUUAGUGGUUUAGAAAAGGGACUUACUAGCAACCGCGAAAUAAGAGAGAAUAAAUCUCUCGAAGUUGCUCUUGCCUCUCAGUCUUUUGUGCAGAUCGGUUUUCUAAUGGCUCUCCCUAUGAUGAUGGAAAUUGGGUUAGAAAAGGGUUUCCGAACAGCACUAAGCGAGUUCAUACUCAUGCAACUGCAACUUGCGCCUGUAUUUUUCACAUUUUCGCUUGGGACAAAAACCCAUUAUUAUGGGAGGACAUUACUUCAUGGUGGUGCAAAAUAUCGGGCCACGGGCCGUGGAUUUGUCGUGUUCCAUGCCAAAUUUGCAGAUAAUUAUAGACUGUAUUCUCGUAGUCACUUUGUCAAGGGGCUCGAGCUAAUGAUACUGCUUCUUGUCUAUCAAAUAUUCGGUCAGUCCUACAGAGGUGCUGUAGCGUAUAUCUUAAUCACCGUGUCUAUGUGGUUUAUGGUCGGCACCUGGCUUUUUGCUCCUUUCCUGUUUAAUCCUUCGGGUUUCGAGUGGCAAAAGAUUGUUGAUGAUUGGACUGAUUGGAAUAAGUGGAUUAGUAAUAGGGGUGGCAUUGGUGUGCCUCCGGAGAAGAGUUGGGAAUCAUGGUGGGAAGAGGAGCAAGAUCAUUUGCGUCAUUCUGGGAAGCGUGGUAUUAUUGCUGAGAUAGUAUUGGCGUUAAGGUUUUUCAUUUAUCAGUAUGGGCUUGUUUAUCACCUGAACAUCACCAAAACAAACCAAAAUGUUUACGUGUAUGGCUUGUCGUGGCUAGUGAUCUUUGUGAUACUCUUUGUUAUGAAGACAAUUUCUGUUGGACGGAGAAAAUUCAGUGCAAACUUUCAACUUGUCUUCCGGCUCAUCAAGGGUUUGAUUUUCGUCACAUUCAUCUCUAUCCUUGUUAUUUUGAUUGCAUUACCACACAUGACUGCAAGAGAUAUUGUGGUUUGCAUACUCGCCUUCAUGCCCACUGGUUGGGGUUUGCUACUGAUUGCACAAGCAUGCAAACCGGUGGUCCAAAAAGCUGGGUUCUGGGGUUCGGUUAGAACUCUGGCCCGCGGGUAUGAAAUCAUGAUGGGUUUGCUUCUGUUCACACCUGUGGCUUUUCUUGCAUGGUUCCCAUUUGUCUCGGAAUUCCAAACGCGAAUGCUUUUCAACCAAGCCUUCAGCAGAGGUCUUCAGAUCUCGCGUAUUCUUGGCGGACACAGGAAGGACAGGUCAUCAAGGAACAAGGAAUAGUAGUAUAGUGCUAAUUAUGGGUAAAUCCUUUCUUGCAAAAAAGGGUUGUUGUUACCUCUCAUUAUUUCUAUAUAUAUUUCUAUUUAAUUGUGCGGAGCUGCUAUUGUAAUCCUUGUAAUCAAGUCAUUCUGAGAAGUGGGUUUUGCCGCAUUUUAGUUGCUCUUUUCAAGUUUUUGCUCCAUUCUGCAGUGGCUUAGUUAUCCCGCGAAAUUAUCGAAAACACAGUCCAAUUCUCUAUAAAAAAAAAUUUGAAAUUACUUACCAUUUUAAUGUUUGGUGUGUUGAUCAAUCAGUAUUCCAUUCUAAUGAUACACCCUUUCCAUAAGAUCAAUCAAUUUGGUAGCUCUUAUAAUAUGGGUACUUAUUUGGCUGCCUAAUCUUUUUGUUCCUUCCCCCAAAAUGUACUUCCUCUAAGCAUCUGUUUGCCCUCUCUCUCAGAUUGUUU